AGUUCAAAUUUGUUGGGGAUGCAUUAGUUCAAGUAUCUGUGAACUUACUUUAGAGCUGAUGUGAUAUAAUUAUUUACUAGCAUGUGAGGAUGAGAUGGUGAGACGUUCUUUGGUUUCUUUGUCUUAUUUGCGAAUUUGGAUUUCCUUGAUGAAGCCAUAAACACGAGCCUCUUAUAAACGGGGACUGAAUUUAUGUGGGAGAAAUUUUCUGUGACCAGGAGGAUCAGUAGGUAGGUAUUUGAUAUCGUGACUAAGAGAUUGUUCAGGGGGUGCCUACCUCUCUGCUUCUCAUCCAAUCUGCAUCCAGCAUCAAAAGCCAACUUAUAAAAGGCAGAAGUCAUGCCGCAAGCAAAAGUUGUCCCCUGCCGACUCCAGCUUCUGAAAUCCGAGACCCAGGAAGGGCAUUCAAAACAUUUUGUAGAUUCCUUUUGAUCUAAAAGAAGGAUGACAAAAGAACAAAAUAAGACUUUUGACCUCCUCCUUUCUCCCAAGACCACAAAAAUUGGAAAGCAACAGAAGUUAAACAGCAAAUAGUGGAUGGAACCAUUAAAUGUCUGAAAGGGAUGAGAAGCGAAUUUGUUAACACGUAUAAUAUGGUUACAGAGGAAAAAAGUUAUUUGUCCUUCCUAAGCUUGUGGUGUAGUUUUGGAUAAUACUUUUAGCCAGUGCUGUGCAAAUGCAGUGCUUAGCCAAAAAAAGUCCCUUAUACUGGUUUGCUACUUGACAUACGUGGGAGAUUUAACACCUUUAUUUGCUUGGUAUGUGCUCCUUGUUUUGAAGUUAUGUUUGGAAGAAUGCAAAACAAAAGUAGAAUCUUGGUCAAUAUGCAUACUGGUGUCUCACAAGGAGAUAUUAGUAUGCCCGGCCAAUCAUAUCCAGGUUGGAAACCGACUAACCAGGCUGCAAAUGUAAAUUCUCAUACUCACCAAGAGCAAAAAAUUUCAGAACAUCAAGAACAGAUUUUGGCACAGAUGCAACUGCAGCAACAUGAAUCUCUUGCUGAUCCCCAAAAAAGUAACACCUUGGAGAAAGUCAAUCACCCGCAAUUGAAGCAGAAACAAGUACAAGAUGGUCACCCACUUGGGCAGGGAGAACAAAAUUCUAUCCAGAUCAUGCAAUCUCCUGGGAUGCAAUUGUCAGAAAAGAAUUCCGUCUCUACGAGUGAGCUAGGUAGAGUGCAUACCCUUGACAGUGAAUCUCAGUACUUAAAGUUACAGCAAAUGAGCAUUCAACAGGCAAAGGUUCCCAAGCAAGCACCAAAUAGGCCAAACCAUCUUAAACAAGUGCCAUUUGCAUUGUUGCUCCCAGUGAUUCUUCCCCAGCUUGAUAAGGACAGAGCCAUGCAACUACAAACCCUCUAUGCCAAAUUGAAGAAAAAUGAUAUUCCCAAGGAAGGGUUUGUGCGGAUCAUGAGAGGAAUUGUUGGAGAUCAGAUGCUGAAGUUGGCAGUUAUGAAAAUGCAAACACAGCCUCCCCCACAGUUGCAUAUUCAAGGUUCGACUUCAGCUCUACAGCCGCAACCUAGAAUGCAGCCUGCUAGCGUUUCAAAGUUCAAUGACUCAUCUCCGCCAGGCCAAGUCCCAAUGAAUAGAACUGGUCCAAAGUCUGGAGAAGUGGAGCAGAAACCAGAGUCUCGAUUAGUGCAGCAGCAGCAGCAUUUUCAGAACAUGCAGACAUUUCCUAAGUAUGGAGGUCCUGGCGGAGUUCAUCCAUUCAGCGGGAAGAAUGUAAACUGUGCUGCUCCUUCUGUCAAAACAGAACCUAAUGAUUUACAAAUGAAGCAGAUUCCAAUUCAUCAAAAUUUGGGUUCAAUUCAGCCAGGAGGGGCAGCUCAGACAAUGAGCCUGGUAACUGCACCAAAAUUCAAUCAGCAGCAUCCUAACAAUGAUAACAAGAUAGGGCAAUCUUCUGCUCUCCCACCAUUUGCAAGUAAUGUACCACUCCAACAAAAUUCGGUUCCUUGGAAGUUGUCUACUGCUAAAGACCAAAGUUCGGGUGCCGCCUCAUCAUCAGCCUUUGUAAAACAUGAACCUGUUGAUCAUUCCAGCAAUCAACAGAAACCACAGUUGUCUUCCCUUAACGGACUGUCCUCAGUUUCAGCUGGACAUCUAGAGCAAAGAGUUUCCAUACCAGAAACCUCAAGGGACAAUUCACUUGAGCAGCAGUCCCCAGGAACGGGUUUCUUGGCUCCUGCUAUUACUGGGACUUCGCAUCAGGGUUCUCUUUCCACAACGCCAGCUCAGGAUUCUAAUAUCCAGCUAGGCUCCCGAACAGCAUCUGCACCAGCUGGGUAUAAUGCAAGGACACCUUCUAAAAAAACUUCUGUUGGCCAGAAGAAGCCUCUUGAAACGCUUGGUUCUUCGCCUCCUCCCUCAAGUAAGAAGCAAAAGGUAUCUGGGACCUUUGCAGAUCAAAGCAUUGAACAACUCAUUGAUGUCACUGCUGUUAGUGGGGUCAAUCUCAGGGAAGAAGAAGAACAGCUGUUUUCUGGGCCUAAGGAAGACAGUCGAGUCUCAGAAGCAUCCCGGAGAGUUGUCCUAGAGGAAGAAGAAAAUCUGAUAUUGCAGCGGGCUCCCCUGCAGAAAAAAUUGGCGGAGAUCAUGGUCCAAUGUGGUGUGAAGAAUAUAAGCAAUGACGUGGAGAGGUGUCUCUCGUUGAGUGUGGAGGAAAGGUUGCGUGGCCUACUGUGCAAUUUAAUUAGAGUCUCAAAGCAGCGGGUUGAUGUUGAGAGGCCCAGACAUCGGACCAUUGUCACUUCAGAUGCCCAGCAGCACCUUAUGAUUUUGAACCACAGAGCUAAGGAAGAAUGGGAUAAGAAACAGGCUGAAGCAGAAAAGCUAAGGAAACAAAGUGAGCCUGAGGGCAGUCAAGGAGUUGAUGGUGAUAAAGAAAAGGACGAAGGCCGUGGAAAAUCCGUGAAGGCAAACAAAGAGGAAGACGACAAGAUGAGGGCGACUGCUGCAAAUGUUGCUGCCCGAGCUGCUGUGGGAGGAGAUGACAUGUUGUCCAAGUGGCAGCUUAUGGCUGAACGAGCGCGUCAAAAACGUGAGGGAGGAUUGGAGGCGGCAUCUCAGGUCGGUCAAGAUAGCCGAAAAUCUUCAAUUUCUGGAAGAAACAAUAAAGACAAUCAAGAAGCAGGAAAAAGGGGACAAGCUGCAUCUGGGGCCAAUAGAAAAUUAGGAAGGAACCAAGCUAUUGCAUCACAACCGAAGGUAGCUCGUACAAUUUCUGUCAAGGAUGUGAUUGCUGUUCUGGAAAGGGAACCUCAGAUGGCGAAGUCUAGUCUCAUCUACCGCCUUCACAAUAAAGUUCAUUCUGAAACUCGCCACGAAUAAUUGAAGUGGCAAUCUUGGUCUCAGCCAUUUUUAAUUCCUAAUCCAGCUACCUUUUCAAAUCAUUCAAUGAAGUGCAAAAAGCUGUUGAUCCAGAUCGAGUCUCGCCAGUGUACUCAUUCGUGACGGGGAAAACAGGCAUCCUUUUUUGGUUGCGGUAGACACUAAUCUUACUUCAGCCUCUUUGAAGUUA